AUGGAGCGGAUUGGACAAAGCGAUGUUGCCACCAUCCUGGGUCGACUCCACCAGGAGCUCAAGUCACAGACGCGCGACAGCAAGGCGGAGCAGCACCAGCUCAUGCGCAAGGCCUUUCACUACGUCACAGCCUCCCUGCAUCAGCCUACGCCGGGAAUGGUCGGAGGGGCAGGGAACACCCAGGCCAGGAAGCUGAGUGAAGUGACACACCGGGUGCUCCAGGAGCUCUUUGCCCUCCUGGUCGGUGACAGCGGAUUUGCUCCGCCAAGGAUCCGAAUCUUGAGCUCAGCGCUGGUCCGCGAGCUGUCUUCUGGCGAGGUCCCUUACUUCUUCCGUGAUAACUUUGGUGGUAACUUUGACCACUAUGAUCAGAACAAAGUGGUUUACUUUCUGCCCGUGCUGUCACAGCUGCUGAAUGCAGAUCUCCUGGUCAAGAAUAUUCCUAACCUGGUGAUGUGGUUUACAAGCGAUUCCACGAGCAUGAGCCUGAAGACCGCAGCGCUCACAAACCUCCUCGCGGCCGUGCAGCGAUUUCCGAAUGUCUUGGAUCAGGAUCAACACAUCCGGCCCAUGGAAUCGCAGUUCUGCAAGCUGCUGACGGGUGCAUCAUUGGAGACGCGUAAAACCACGUCCACCACCUUGUUUGGGGUACGGAUUGUUUCAUCCUCGGCGUCGUGCAACGUGACUGAAGUGGACGGCACGCCCACGCGGGAUUUCUUCACCUGCAUGAACAACUCCUACGACUACUCCGAUGAUCAGCUCCUCAACGUCCACAUCUUCAGCUCCUUGUACUGCUGGCUCUUCUACCUUUACCAGGCGCAGCUCCUGGAGAUCCGCAAGCGGCAAAGCAGGGAUGACAUCGUCUCGAAGCUGGAACACUACGGGCUAGUACACGGUGAGGCUCCCAAGGAGGUACCCUUAAAUGAGCUGAAGAAAAGUGACAAGAGUUCAUUGAUCGGGCACUUCACCUUGGAUGAGGAGUUCCGAGAGGUGGUCAUAAGCAUCUGCCUGCGCAUUUUGUCGCAGGUUGAGCUGGACAUUGUCCGUGACGGCCCGCAGCAGAUGAGGCUGGGUGCACGGUAUGUUAUCUCAGAGUUGGAUUGGAUGAGGGAGUUUAUUGAGGGUGUGUCCAUGGAAGCUGUGCGGAUAUUGGACCUGCUUUGUCUGAUGGAUCCGUCGCUGGUGACGCGAAUCUUCCCGGCCGUGAAGAAAGUCUACGAGCGAACUGCGAAUCGGCAAAGCGGAGUUGUGUUUGCUGCAGUUCUACAGUUCUUCGUAAACCACGGGCAGCAUGUGAUCUUCGACGUGGAUCCUGUGUUGCACCACUUCUUUGAGGAUUACGUCUCUGUGCGCUACAGACAGCAGCUUCUGGCCAUGAGCACACUGCUCUUCCUUACCACAAACACCUCCAAGAUGCUGUUGCACACUCCCGUGUUCCCAAAGUACUACCCGGCCAUCAUCAAGCUGCUGGUUUGGCACCCCCGCACGCUGGCCGAGGAGGUCUUGCCCAUCGUUCCUGCCAUGGUGGGCCCGAGCUCCUUCGCGGAGCUCUUUCACACCCUCCUGGAUCUUCCCUUGACGGCGGCCUUCAUGGAGCAGUACGAGAGGCCAGAUGAGCAUUCGGAUGGGCAGAUGACCCGGCUUGGCCUUGACAGGACUCCACCGUUUAAGACCGUUCACCAGUACAUCAUGCGGAACCAAGCUGGGGGUGCGUGCAUCUGGGAAGCUCGAGAUGAAGCACAGCUGAGCAUGAUCCGCGUCUUGUGGAACUCCCUGCCCGUGACGCCUCGCGUCUCGAGCGUCUGCAAGCUGGUGCCUCGCUUCCUGCGAGUUUAUUUUGAUGUGCUACUCAGCAACGCGCCACCGGAAUGCAUCGAGAGGGUCGUGCCACUGCUCCUGCAGCGCUUUGCCUCGCUCUAUCCCGUGGACUUCUUCCUAAACUCCGUGCACACACUCAUCAUCGACACGCUGCAGGCCAUCUUCCAGCAGUGGCCGGCCUUCCUCAUGUCGCUCAAGCGGGAGGUCGUUCACGCAAUCUCCACCCACCUGGAUGUGCAAGGAAGGCUCUUGGUGCUCCACCUUUGUUGGAUCAUUGGAGAGCUGCUCCGGCCGCCGCUGUACGAGAAUGGGGGACGGGGAGGUGUGGCCAUGUUCUUCGAGGCCCUGGAGACCCUCGCUUAUCAGGCCAUCUCAGUCCGCGUGCCGGAGCCAGAGGAGGCGGCCAAAGAGCCCAAGGUCUCAGAGAGCCGGGAGCCCGAGAAGGGCCCCGGCCCCACGGGGAGCCAGGAGGAUGAAGGCGCCGAGGAGGGCGACCAUUCGCCCGAGGUCGUCAAGGUGGAGUUCGCCGUGGAGGAGAUCUUCUCACCGCGCUUCGUGGCCGUCAUCACUGCAUCUUUGACAAAGCUUGGGACAAAGUUUCCCGAGUUUGCCCCUCGUGUUGUUCUCUGCCUGCUUAAGAUGCAGCAGCACUACGCUACCGACUUCAGUGACGGUGUUGAGUUCGUAAGAGACCGGCUGGCUGACUCCCUGCAGCUUCUCCGACACUCUGCGAUCUCUAGCUCAGUUUACAGCUCCUCGACAUUCCUGGGCUUCGAGACCGAUCGAGCCCUUUCCUCUGUCUCCGCCUUGUCAUCUUUGGGCCACCUCUCCCAUGACCCCUCCACAUCUGGUGCAGCCUUACAUGACUUCGAGCUACCGUACCAGCCGCCCAUCGCCGCCGCUGCAGACGACCGAUUGCUGGCCUGGACCCCGCUUGGUGCCCCGAAGAGUCAAGACGUCAGAAGAGCGUGA